AUGAGCAAUUCACCAAGCACAUGCUCAUCAGUGGUGGUGCUGUCAUAUCCGCGAUAUUGUCGAUAUCGGGCCCUUUUGAGACGGAUUGAGGGCAAAGAGUCGGAUUGGAUGUGUCGGGAGGCCGUCCAGAUGGCCAUCAAAUCGCUGGGCAUUCCCACGACAACCAAUAAGCUGAACAUUGUCUUCUGUCGGGACACCUUUGAACACGAGGCCCUCCUUCAAAACGAUCUCAAUUGCGACCAUUUGGCGCCCAAACUGAAGGGUAGGCCACGCAAGAAGACCACAGCAAUCAUUCGCACCAAUAAUGGCAAUACCGGAUCCGCUGCGGCCACAGCCGGCACCGGAUCCCCGGCCAACGGCACCGGCAAUAGUACUAAAGACAAUGCGGUCACCAAUGGUUGUCCGCGCAGUUCUUCGCCCGAAUCCAAUACCUCAGAGGAGAGUAAGACCUCACAGAUCCGGACCACUCGCCGAUCGGCGCUAAAUAAGUCCAACUCUACCGAUAAGACAUCGAAUGAGCAAAUAUUUCUCAAACAACUCAAUAAGUUUAUGCGUGAGAGGAAGACACCAAUACAACGGGUCCCGCAUCUCGGCUUCAAACAA